AGAACUGCUGCGUGGUCAUUAUCUAUCGACAUUGGAUAAAUAUUAAAACAUCUGAGUACAAUGACCAUUACCAACAGAUUCCUGCUGUACGCUUUCAUCACCAUUCAACUGCUCGUUAUCUGUGUGUGGAUGAAUUUGUAUAGGAGAAACAACAUUACGCAUCAAUUAUCAAAAAGAGAUAACAACACUAUGACAGUGACAAAGAAAGCAAAAGGGAGACAUAGAAAAUGUCCACUUAUUCCACUUAACUUAGUUGGAAGUUUAAAGAUAGACAAAACUAGGCAGACAUGGGAAGCUUGUGAAAGAAAAUAUAGCAUGGUGAAAGACGGUCGCUAUAAACCUGAUGAUUGUACGGCUCGUCAGAAAGUCGCUAUCCUCAUUCCAUUUCGAGACAGGGAAAGACAUCUAACUAUUUUUCUGAACCACAUACACGCCUUUCUCAUGAAACAGCAACUGGAAUAUGCAAUUUACGUUGUAGAACAGGCGAAAGGCCUGGAGUUCAAUCGAGGUUUCCUGUUUAAUGUUGGAUUUAAAGAAGCUCUCAAAGACUCUGACUACGACUGCUUUGUGCUUCACGAUGUGGAUCUUCUCCCGGAAAACGAUCACAACAUCUACACCUGUCCUGUUGACCAACCAAAACAUUUAGCUGUUGCCUCUGAGAAAUGGCAAUACAGGUUGCCAUAUACGUCAUAUUUUGGUGGUGUUUCGGCCUUGACAAGAGAACAAUAUGAAGCAAUCAAUGGAUUUUCAAAUAGCUUCUUUGGUUGGGGCGGAGAAGAUGACGAUUUUUAUAACAGAGUAAUGUGGUCGAAAAUGUCCAUAUAUAGAACAAUAAACGAUGUCGGGAGAUAUUCGUCUUUGGAACACAAACCAGCAGUAGCAAAUCCACAGAGGCAUGAAAUAGUAAGCAAAGGUAAAGAACGUAUGUGGAAAGAUGGACUGAACACUCUGAAAUAUGAAACACUACAAAAGACAAACAAAAAAUUGUACAUUCAUGUGUCUGUAAAAAUCUCUAAAUAGCGAAUAUAAAACUUUUUUAUGAAAGCGUGUGUAUGAAUUCAAUCAUUAUAAAGAAAUAUCCUAUGGUGACUAAGUGAGUCAAUAUUUUAAGAAUUCUGACAACAUGAAGUGCACACGUGAAUAAACCAGAGGCCCAUUGGCCAUAUCGAUCACCCGAACACAAGUUCUUGUAUCUCGAAUUUUUUUAAUAUUAAACUCUUCUAAGUAACUGUAAUCUUGCAAAAUUUCUCAUAUAUUCUGGGAAUUUCUAGUAAAACAAUAUAAAUGCAGCAAGAGGCCUAUGGGUCACAUCGCUCGCCUGAGCAACAAUUGCUAUAAUAAAAUCAGCUUUAUGGAGUCAUAAUUAUACAAACUAUCUGGACAAUGAAGUAGAAUAGAUCCUAUAUAAAAAGAUUUUCACAUUUUUCUUCGGAUAUUCUCAUGUUAAAUAUUGAGCCCCUUUUGUAACAGGGCGAUAUCAUAGUCAUAUCACAUAUUGAACAUAGCAGUUUUCAUGAAGAUCUUAAACAUCUAAACCUACAUAAAAAUUUGAGUCCCUUGUGUAGCCGAAGAAUUGUCAAGGGGCCACGCUCUAAAGAAUUAAUAAUAAAAAAAUAUGCCAAUAUGCUUGGA